AGAUUGCACUUGCCAUUUCUCAGACUCCUUCUACCUGCUGCGUUUUUCGCUGCGGUGGAAGAUCUAUAAUUGAAGGCUGAAAUCUGGACUGCAGCGCGUACUUUCCCUCCUAAGACAAUCUGUUCCCCGUAACUCUGGCCGUUCAUCCUUAAACGCCUGACAUCACAACAAGGCUCCGAGCUUCCAGUCCCCCAUGGCUCUGCAGGAGCUGGGCAUCAGCCUGUCCAUGAUGGGCGUCGCUGGUACCAUGCUGAUCUGCGGCCUGCCCAUGUGGAAGGUCACGGCCUUUAUCGGCACCCACCUGGUGGUGAUGCAGGUGUUCUGGGAGGGCCUGUGGAUGACCUGCGUCAGCGAGUACACCGGUCAGAUGCAGUGCAAGCUCUACGACGCCCUGCUGGACCUGUCCCCGGACCUCCAGGCAGCCCGUGGGCUCAUUUGCAUCAGCAUGGUGCUGGGAUGCCUGGGCUUUCUCGUCUUCAUCCUGGGAGCCCGCUGCACCAACUGCCUGGGCCACCCCCGGGUCAAAGCUCGGGUGGUGCUCAGCUCCGGCGCCAUCUUCUGCCUGUCGGCCCUCACCGCCAUAGUGGCUGUUGCUUGGACCGCCAACACGAUCAUCACGGAUUUUCACAACCCCCGAGUCCCCGAGGUUCUAAAGAGGGAGAUGGGAGCCGCCAUUUACAUUGGAUUUGUGACGUCUGGGCUGCUCUUCUGCGGAGGGGCCAUUCUUUGUAUGACCUGUCCGCCGGAGAGACCCAGAUUCUCCUCCAGUGGAUACGUGUUGGCCAAGACUCCCACACGGAGCAGCUAUGCCAUCAAGAACUACGUAUAAAGAAAGGACCAUAGACAAUAAGUGACCAAAACUAGAACCUUUAGUGGUAAAUAUGGUGCUUUUCUAGCUAUACUGACCACACGGUGCGCUUUACAGUAGGACCAGGUUCACCCAAUCACCCUCACAAACUCACACAUUCAAACACCAAUAUACAGAUGGGUAGGUAACUCAGCUUUGCCCAGGAAGGUGAAACCACAAUAUCUCCCAAUUACAAGACAACUGCUCCACACAUGGAGCAACAGUCACCCCCCGAAAAAAAGUUUACCUUCACCCACUUCUCACUCAAGUAUUAUAUGGUGCUUGCUGCUUGAUUACAGCUCUAACUUAACCCUCUAUGGCACACACUGCAAAAAGAGAACUAAAAAUAAGUAAAAUUUUCUUGAAAUUAAUGUAUUUGCCCUUGAUUUGAGCAG